AUGGUUGGGACACGGUCCCCAAAGUGUGCAGUCCCGAAGCGAAGCGAAGUUGAGCUCCGGCACGGGCACGCCGUCAACCCCCAAAUGUCCCGCCCAACCCAACACCUUCCCCUCUUCGCCGCCGCCGCCGCCAUCCUCCUCCUGUCGUCCGCCGCCGACCCGGACGACGAGCGGUGCCUCUCGAGCCUGCACGACUCCUUCUCCGGCGGCCUCCGCAACUGGACGAAGGCCUUCUUCGCCGCCCCCUGCGAGGGCUUCAUCUCCCACCUCCAGGGGGUCACCUGCAACAACGGCCGCGUCUACAAGCUCUCCCUCCCGGGCCUCGCCCUCGCCGGCGCCAUCCCCCCGGAGCUAUCCAACUGCACCAACCUCCAGUCGCUCGACCUCUCCUCCAACGCGCUAUCCGGCCCCAUCCCCCCGGACCUCUCCGCCCUGCUCAACCUCGCCGUCCUCAACCUCUCCGCCAACCGCCUCUCCGGCGCCAUCCCGCGGGACCUCGCCAGUUGCGCCUACCUCAACGUCAUAGAUCUCCACAGCAACCAGCUCACCGGCCCCAUCCCCGACGAGCUCGGCCUCCUCGUCCGCCUCUCCACCUUCGACGUCUCCUACAACCGCCUCUCCGGGCCCAUCCCCGUGCUCCUCGCCAACCGCUCCGCCGCACCCGGCGCCGCCGCCGCCCGGACGGGGAGGUUCAAUGCCAGCUCCUUCGUCGGCAACAAGGACCUCUACGGCUACCCGCUUCCGCCCAUGCGGGGCCACGGCCUCUCCGUGCUCGCCAUCGUCGGCAUCGGCCUCGGCAGCGGCCUGCUCAGCCUCAUCCUCAGCUUCUCCGCCGUCUGCCUCUGGCUGCGUGCCACCGACCGCACGGCGACCAUGCCCGGCGAGGAGGGCAAGAUCUCCCACCUCAUGCCCGACUACUGAACCCAUCAAUUUCUCCCUGGAGAUGCAGCCACCACGCGGCCCCAAGGAUUAUCUGUGUUGGAUUCUUGAACCUGGGAGCUGGAUCCGAUCGAGCGCUGUGCCUGCCAUUUUCUUGGCUCGAUUUGGGUGUCGGAUGCUGAUCUAAUUGCACUUAAUUAAUUGCUGCAUUCUUAUCUGUUCUAGCACUUUCUUUUCUGCCUAUGUAACUGAUUGUUUUUUUUCUGGCAUUUUUCUGCUUGGAUUUCUAGAGAGAGAGAGAGAGUCAGGAGUUAGGCUUGAUGACAUCAGCUUUUGUGUAUACCGAAGAAUUUGCGUCAAUUCACCAGAAGACUGCUGCUGAUCUUGCUAGCUUUGCUUGAGAUGGGAAUGCGGCUUUCACACUUCGUAAUUAUUAUUGUUAUUAUUUAUUUGUCUGUCCAUAAUGGUGGCGAAUCGUGCUUCAAAUUGACUUAUGCUUUGGUGUUCUAUUCUAAUCUAAUCAGACUGUGUGUUCUGCUGUGUUCCAGGUUAACUUGUGCUAUAUUGCUAUUCUAAUCAGACUGUGUGCUCUGCUCUGUUCCAGAUUAACUUAUGCUACAUUGCUAUUCUAAUCAGAUUGUGUGCUCUUUUUUACUUUGCCCCAGAUGAACUUAUGCUAUCCUAAUCAGAUGGUGUGCUCUACUCAUAAGGUUCCAGAUCGAUAUUAUGCUAUUCUAAUCAGGCUGGGCUGUUCCAAAUUCUUUUGUGCUGAUGAGCUGUUUCCAAU